AUGUGGUACAGUCUGCAAAUUAUGGAAUUCCCUCGUCACAAGCAACGAUUUCAUCUUCGCUCAUCACAAUUUAACCAAAUCGAUCAUCGAAAACGGAAAUCAAACGCUAUUGAUCAGUAUCGUCUUCACAAAAUCGAACCAUUCAACGAAAUCGACGGAAAAGACGCAAUCGGCGACGAAAUGGACGCGCCGGAGGGUGGAGCUGGCGGGAAAGUAGGAGAAGAAAAGGAGAUUGGAAAAGAGGGGUUGAAGAAAAAGAUCCUUAACGAAGGUGAUCACUGGGAUACCCCAUUAAUGGCGAUGAAGUUGAAGCAUUCUGAUUCAAUUCUACAGUUCACUAUGUUGGAAGUUUACUCGAUGGAACUCGAUUUGAUUCAAGCCUCGAUCGGAAGCUGCCAUUUAAGUUCAAGCUCGGGCUUGAUGGAUUUGGGGAGAACGGGUGGGACCCAUCAGGUGGUGAUGAAUAUGUUGUGCCACCAAACACCACCAUUCACCACGUUUGAAAAAAAAACAUAUUAUUUUAAUGGCUAUAGCACCUGCUCUCGCGAAGAAGUAGAAGUUCGCUCUCCAAGAUUGCCAAUAUGUUUAACGAUCAGGACCUGGGAUUCUUUGCCAAUUCUCUUGGCAUCUUCAUAUUCUUUUUGGUUAUCGCUUAUCAUUUUGUGAUGGCAGAUCCAAAGUAUGCAGGAAACUAAUGGUUGAUUUAGAUGAUAGCACCAGAAAUGUAACUGGAUUAUGUUUUGAUAUGAUGUAGUGGUAGACCUUGAGAAAAUGCAUGAUGUGAGACAAUAUAUGAACUAGUUUGGUCAAUUUUCUUUCUUUGUGCACC